AUGGACAAGACGAAACCGAUGCUGCACGCGUUGCCAGAUCUGCUGGAAGGAUUCAGCUGCUCAGGUCACUGGAAGACAAUCCUGUCAACUAAUGCAGUGUUGGCCUUCGUGCUGAGCUGCGCAGCCUACACCGUUGUAUUUUCUCUUCUCUGGUUCGUCAGCUACCUUUCUUUUCCGCGGCACCAGCUGCAGAUCCGUCAGGACAUUUGGUGCUUGACGAGGCUCGUGCCUCUCUUCCUGGCAGCACCAUUCGGUAUUCUAUCUUGUAAAGUUUUCGCUGAGAAGCUGCACUUGAGUUUGAACGUGUCCUUCCCCGAGCACUGGCAGCAGUGGCCACAGUGCCAAGUGCGCUGGGUGGAGCCUCCGCAAUCGAUGCUCCCAGUCGGUUGUGGGGCAAACUUGAGUCAGGAGGCACAGCGACAACGCCUGCAGUACUACUUGUCCGCUCUUAUGCUCCUUCCAUCUGUCUUCUUCCUGGCAGGUUUGCUGCUGACGGCACUGGGGCGAGGCAUCAGAGCAAUCGCACGAGGCUGUGGCAACAGUCACUUUGGUGAGAAAAGCCGUGGGGUGUCUAGAGCGGGAUACGCCUACGAUCCAUUCGUGCCCGACAUUCCUGAUGCCGAGCCACAACAGGAAGCCGACUGCCGGGUGACAUGUUAUGCCAUUGUGUUCCACUUAUGCUGUGCCGGCUUGUCGUUGUGGGCCGUCGCAACAGCACACUUGGACAUGCGCUACGGCCUGUGUUGGGAGCUCUGGCUGUUUUGGGCGGUCAUCAUGUUGAGCAUCUCCUUGAUGCAAGGUCUUUAUUUCGCAGCAUUCCUGCCAACCCAUGCUAGGGUGCCAGGAUUCGGAUUGCCAGUUCUGACCCCCAUCCUGCCAAUACUGGGCGAGCCCUUAGACACAUUUAAGGAUUGGCUCUUCGUGGGCUUGGCGAUAUCACAAAGGACGACCUGGCUUGGCUUCAUGAUGGCCGGCUUGGGUGUUGGUGUUCUAUGCCUGUCCAACCUUUACAUCUGGACAUACCAUCCCAAUGAGCUAGCAUCUGGCCUUCUCCCUGUGCGUGCUGCAUGCUGUGAGCAGCGGGACAGGACUCUGCUCGCCAAGUUGACAUCCAAAGGGAAGCUUGCCGUGGCCAUCACGGAGGAUCUGCCCCAGGCAUGCCUGCAGUCUCUGUUCGUAGUGAUUUACGGAGGCUCAGUCACGCAGUACUUCUUCAUCGGCUUCGCGCUGGCGAAAGUCUCGGCCUGCUUAUUGCUGCGGGCCACAAUUAUGGAGAGAGAGGAGCGCUUCAGCGACGCCUACGAGGCGUUGGUGAUGUACUAUCAGUUUCUGUCGGCAGUAGGAAGUGCUGUGUUGGGGAAGCGCAGUGCCUUCGCCUUGAGAAAUCAGUGCAAAGUCGCUGCAUCACUGUCGGAGCUGGGUCAGCACACCGAAGCCUUGUAUUUGCAGAAGGAGGUGCUGGCUGCUCAGCAGCAGGUCUUGGGGCCUAGUGACCCAGAGACACAGUGGACUCAGGGUGACCUCGCAGUGUCGCUCCUGGUGCUUGGCCGGCAUGACGAAGCUUUGGAACUGGCAACGGAACUGUUGGCUGCACGGCAAGAGACCCUUGGGCCCACGCACCCCGACACACUCUGGACUCAAGCACAGGUGUCGCUCUCGCUGGCCAAGCUUGGCCGCCAUUCCGAAGCUUGGCACGCACAAGCGGAAGUGCUGACCGAGCAGCAGCGUACAUUGGGCAGUACUCACCCAUGCACGCUGUGGACUCAGGCCGACAUGGCUUUGUCGCUGUCGGCCCUUGGCCGGCAUUCUGAAGCUUUGCGGCUGAAGGAAGAAGUGCUGUCUGCACGGCUGCAGGCCUUGGGCCCCGUUCACCCCAGCACUUUGUGGACUCAGCUCCAGGUGGCCUCGUCGCUGGCAGAUCUUGGCCGCCACGCUGAAGCCUUGGAGGUUCAAAAGGUGGUCUUGGCAGCGCAGCAGCAGACCUUGGGGCCGGCUCACCCCUACACACUGAGGACCCAGAGCAAGCUGGCAGCGUUUCUUCUAAACCUCGGCCAGACCCGAACGUCUCUGCAGAUGUUGACGGAAGUGUUGGUUGCGCAGCAGCAGGCCCUUGGGCCCAAUCAUCCAGAUACGUUGUUCACUGCUGGCAAGCUUGACCAGCUUCGCGCUCAAUCGGCAUUUGUCAGUGGCGCUGUUGGAGGCGAAGGACUUCCGCACCUUCCUGGAAACACGGAGCUGCGCUCGGGAGGACCCGGCGUAGCAGGGGGGGGCGGUUGA